AAACGUGCCAACUUCUGAGUAGCGAACUUCAGUCACAAUGGCGAUGGAUUUGGGCUUUUUAGGAGAGUUUCGGGCGGGGUACCGUUUCUCUCACUUGUUUGCACUGCUAUGUUUGGUCGCGAUGCUUUUCAAGUUAACUAUUUUGGUGAUCCAGAGGAGAAAGACCGUUCGAAAAAUGGAACAUUUUAUUGGACCACCACCACAUUGGCUUUUUGGACACGUCUUUGAGUUAAAGCAAGAUGGCACAUCCCUGGACACGACGGUAGGUUAUGGUAAAAAGUACCCCUAUGCAUUCCCAUUGUGGUUUGGCCCUUUUGUUUGCGUGCUCAACAUUCAUCAUCCUGAUUACGUAAAGACUAUUCUGGCAUCAACAGAGCCAAAAGAUAAUUUAGCAUAUGCAUUUAUUAAAAAAUGGAUUGGAGAUGGUUUAUUGGUGUCACAUGGACAGAAGUGGUUUCGCCACAGACGACUGCUAACCCCAGGUUUCCAUUAUGAUGUGUUGAAGCCAUAUGUCAAAUUGAUGUCUGAUUCAGCAAACAUUUUAUUGGACAAAUGGGAAAAAUAUUCCAAAACUGGUGAGACCUUUGAGUUGUUUGAACAUGUCAGCCUUAUGACACUGGACAGUAUUUUAAAGUGUGCCUUCAGCUACAACAGUAACUGUCAGACUGAGGGGGGAACAAACGCAUACAUCAAAUCUGUAUACGAGCUGAGUUACUUGGUAAACCUGCGCUUCAGAACUUUUCCCUAUCACAAUGACUUUAUUUUCUACCUCAGCCCACAUGGAUUCAGGUUCAGAAAAGCCUGCAGAGUGGCACAAAACCACACAGCUGCAGUUAUAAGAAAACGAAAAGAAGAGCUCAAAGAAGAAAAGGAGCUGGAACGCAUACAAGCCCGGAGAAACUUGGACUUUCUGGACAUUCUUCUUUGUGCCAGAGAUGAGAACAAUCAUGGUCUGUCUGAUGAAGACAUUCGGGCUGAAGUAGACACUUUCAUGUUUGAGGGCCAUGACACCACAGCAAGUGGCAUCUCCUUCAUCCUCUACUCUCUGGCCUGCCACCCAGAACACCAGCAGAUCUGCAGGGAAGAGAUCAAUCAAGCCCUGGGAGGCAAAAACACUAUGGAAUGGGAGACCUUGAGUAAAAUUCCAUACACCACAAUGUGUAUUAAGGAGUCCCUUCGUCUUUAUCCGCCAGUACCAGGAAUAAGUCGACAUACAACAAAACCCAUGACAUUUUUUGAUGGAAGGACAAUACCUGCAGGAAGCAUUGUUGGAACAAGUAUUUAUGGGAUUCACAGAAAUCCAGUGGUCUGGGAGAAUCCUGAUGUUUUUGAUCCACUACGUUUCCUCCCAGAAAAUGUAUCCUCCAGGUCACCUCAUGCAUUUGUGCCUUUUGCUGCAGGUCCAAGAAAUUGCAUUGGUCAAACCUUCGCCAUGAAUGAGAUGAAAGCAGUGAUUGCCCUGACACUGCAGAGGUACAAACUGAUUGAGGACCCAAAAUGGACACCCAAGCUCCUUCCUCGAUUAGUGUUGCGCUCAAUCAAUGGCAUCCAUAUCAAAAUUAAACCAGUCGACCAGUUCACUGCAUGAACUGGUCUAAUAAAAUAACUCAUACGAUGUAUUUUAUGUCCAGCACAGCGUGGUAGAACAUGCGUGAGUAUUGCCUGCUUAGAUUUUAACUUGACAUAUUUCUCUACUGAUUAUUCUGUUUAUGUCAAUAUAAACUGAUUAGCACAUGGACCAGUUCAGAUAAGGAAAUCCAAUAACUGCAUUUAGACUUUUUUUUUUUUUUUUUUAAUAGAAGGUGUAUGUUUAAUAAAUAGGAAAAUUACAUUUUAUUUUUUUUUUGUAGUGUGUGAGGAAAUAUGUGACUUGUUCUUAUAAUAAUAAAAAACUUCAUAUCAUUUGGCAGC